AGCAAAAUGGGAAUCAACUCCAGCAUCAUGAUUUCUCCAGAGCACCUUCAAGGGACAUAAGAGCAAUCAGGAUAGGAUUGCUACUGUUCUGUUUUGUUUUGAAGAUGCAUGAAGUGAUGCAGUUGCAACCUCUAAGCUGUAAAUCCCUGGAUUUCUGCCUGGUUUUCAGUCAUUAUGGCUUCACUGGAUAGACCCUAAUAUCAAAAAGGGUCUAGAGACCACUGUGAUACAUCUUAGCUAUAGUAAGGAAAAUUUGCCGGCACUGUAAGUGCCCCCAGGCAGAACACUUUGAAACAGUGAUGCCUUUAGAAAUGGAGAAGACGGUGACCAAGCUGAUGUUUGACUUCCAGAGGAAUUCGACUUCUGAUGAUGACUCGGGCUGUGCCUUGGAAGAAUAUGCUUGGGUCCCUCCUGGGCUGAAACCAGAACAGGUUCAUCAAUACUACAGCUGCCUACCAGAAGACAAAGUACCCUAUGUCAACAGCCCUGGGGAGAAAGCCCGUAUCAAGCAGCUUCUGCACCAGCUGCCUCCACAUGACAAUGAGGUUCGAUACUGUAACUCACUGGAUGAAGAAGAGAAGAGAGAACUCAAACUCUUCAGCAAUCAGAGGAAAAGAGAGAACUUGGGCAGAGGCAAUGUUCGGCCAUUCCCCGUCACCAUGACAGGAGCCAUUUGCGAGCAGUGUGGAGGCCAAAUCAACGGAGGAGACAUAGCCGUCUUUGCAUCCAGAGCAGGCCACGGGGUGUGCUGGCAUCCAUCGUGCUUUAUAUGUAGCGUUUGCAAUGAGCUGUUGGUGGAUCUUAUCUAUUUCUAUCAAGACGGGAAGAUUUAUUGUGGCCGGCACCAUGCAGAAUGCCUCAAGCCUCGGUGCGCAGCCUGUGAUGAGAUUAUAUUUGCUGAUGAAUGCACAGAAGCUGAAGGAAGGCACUGGCACAUGAAGCACUUUUGCUGUUUUGAAUGUGAAACUGUGUUGGGCGGCCAGCGGUACAUCAUGAAGGAAGGGCGGCCAUAUUGUUGCAACUGCUUCGAGUCCUUAUAUGCAGAAUAUUGUGACACCUGCGCUCAGCACAUUG